AUGCACUCCAUCGUCAUCCAGGAGGCCGAUUUUAUUUCGCAAGAGCAUCUCAUCGCUGGCGACAAUCCAAACAAGCUUCCACCCUGGCUUAUAGAAAAUCUCUCGCACCUAUCUUUUAGGCAUUGGCUACCUGUACAAGCCCAUCUGAUACCCAUGAUCAUGGCCAGGAAUAACGAUUUUAUCGUCAAUGCGCCAACGGGCUCUGGAAAAACGUUGACCUAUCUCAUCCCAAUAAUGACGAUGCUUUCUUCGCGCAUUGUUCCGGCACUCCGUGCAUUGAUUAUUGCGCCAACGCGUGAUUUGGCGAUGCAAAUAUACAAAAUUGCGGUUUUGCUUACCAAAGGUUCUGAUUUGAGAACAAUUGUUGUCACUGGCGGAUCAAAUUCGUCAUCAAAGUUCUGCGAAGAGCAGAGAGCAAUUUCGUAUGGUGGCGAUGAUGGAAAAAUGGGGCCGGAUUCGCUUUUCCAGCCCGUUGACAUCCUUAUCUCGACCCCAGGACGACUGGUGGAUCAUCUCAAUGUGACGCCUGGAUUCCAUCUUUCUAACUUGCAAUUCCUUAUUCUGGAUGAAGUUGAUCGCAUUGUAGAUGGCAUCCAGUUCCAAGAUUGGAUCAAUCCCGUUCUAAACUCCAUGUCUGAUUGCCAAAAGCGAUGGAAGCCGCAUGCCGAAUUGGAGCCUUUUCUCAAGAAAUUAACUGCAAAUGAAAAUUUUCAUUUUGAGCAGCAACGGGCCGUUAAACUUUUAUUUUCGGCAACCAUCACCAAAAACCCGCUCAAGCUUUCUCAAUUGAGGCUUGAAAACUUGGAGAUUGUAACUCUAAUUCCAGGAGGACAUCUGACCGCAGCGCACAAAUAUGGCGAAGCAAAUUUAGACAAUCAGACA